CUGGGCCAGUUGGUUGCAGUGGGCAAGCUGGUGGAUCUAUCAUACUAAAAGAGCAGAAAGUCUGAACAGCUAGAGCCUCUCUUCUCCUCCCUCCACCCCUCAGCACAAUCUCUACCAGCACCUCCACCCCGUUCCCACCCUCCCUCCUUUUCUUUCUGUGUUUUUUUCCCUUUCUUUCUCUGCUGAGGUUAAAAGACAGACAGGGUCAGUAGCACUCACAGAAACAGAAACAGGAAGGACAGGAGGUGAGUGGAGCUGCAUGGCAGGCUGCCAGCUCCAACUGUAUCAAACACAAGUCGAUGACUGAGAACUCCGACUCCCAUGAUGGACAAGAAAAGUGCCAACGGCUUUCAGACCAAGGCCAGUGAGGGCGGUGUUCAGAGGAAGCAGCUGCCCUACUCAGUGGAAACUCCCUAUGGCUUUCACCUGGACUUGGACUUCCUCAAGUAUGUUGACGACAUUGAAAAAGGCAAUACCAUCAAAAGGGUCCACAUUCAGCGCAGGGUCAAGGGCCCAGCCAAAUUCAGUACUCUGCCCAGAAAUUUCAGCCUUCCUGGGCAUGGGGCCAGGCCUGCCCCCAAGGAAAAGGACAGCACUUGGUCUGGGACGUCCACCCUAGGGCCCAAGCCUAAAUCACGUGUGACAGAGGUCCAACAGAUCUUCGACUUCAGGGCAAGUGAAGGGGGAACUUCCACUCAGAGCGGCAGGGGGACAACCAGUCAGGGAGCUGGAUACAUUUCAGAAAAGCCCAGAGAUCAAUUAGGAGCUGGGGCCCGGGAUGUUGAAGAGAACACUGUGGAGAUUCAAAGUCGUCCUAAUCUACUCCGAGCAUCAAGCAUGCCCAUCACUCUACAGCAGCGGAAAAGUUCUGAUUCAAGCAGUCCAGACCGUAUUGUGGGAACACCGGAAAGUGGCUCAACUGAGAACAUGUUCCGUGCUUCACCGGACAUAACAGAGAGACGGUGUGUUCCUCAGGAUCGGGGAGGGCUUCACCAACAGAUCACAGUGGCAUUGAAGCGGGUCAGAGAGCUGGAAGAGCAGGUCAAAACCAUCCCAGAACUAAAGGCUCAGAUCGGUUCACUGAGGAAGGAAAGGGAGAAACUACUGCUUCAGAUCCAAGCCCAGGCCAAAGCCCAGGUUUCCACAUCAUCCUCUACAUUAGCACCAAAUUCUGAUUCUGGGACACACACUCAGCUACAAGGACACAGGCCUACAGAUGGGCUCAACUUAGCUCUGACGACACAACCCACUGGAGGUUUAGGAGCUUCAGAGCAUUUGCUAACAAACCCCGUAACAGGGAAAGAGAAACAAGGUGCUACAGAGAAAAGUAAAGUGUUACAAGAAGAGGGGGGAUUAAAUCAGGAAUCUUUGAAGAGUUCCUCAGCACAUGGAAAAAUUGGUGGGUUGGCAGAGAGAGAAUUGGAGAGACAAACACAACCGUCAGAAAAAUCUAACAAACAAAAAGAGACAUUAGAGAGUCCACUUCAGCAUGCAGUGCAAAAGCUAUCGCGGGACAUUGCAGGACAGGAAUUAACAUCACUUAGGGUGGCUAUAAAAGACGCAGAGACUAGCAGUGCUCAAGAUGGUGAUGCAGCACAAAGAGGAACACUUGAGGAUCCAGACAGUAUGCAGAAUCUACAAGAGAAGCUAAUGGUACUGGAGGCUAAACUUAAUAAGGCUAGUGACGACCUGGAGAGAACAAAUACUCUUUUGAAAGAACAAAUAGAUGAGAACAAGGCAAAAGAGGAGAAAAUACUACAACUGAGUGAUGGAGUGAGAGUGGAGGUGUGUUCUCCAGAAGCACACAGCAGGCAAAGAAGAGAGAGUAUUGAGACAGGGACAGAGACAGAGAAAGUAGAUUUUGCUAACCAAGAAACAGAGACCGAAUUGACUGGUACAGUAGAUCAGGGAACAGAUACAGAUAGAAUCUGUAUCGAGGUGUGUGUACCACAAACAAGUGCUGGAAGUAUAGAUCAAGGAACAGAGACGGAUAAAGUUGACACACAUGAACAGGUGACAAAGAUGGAGGCAGAAGCAGCUGCUGAGAGCCCACCAAGACCCAGAGCCAACAGCAUCGAACGGGGCACAGUAACUGAGACGAUCACCACUCAAGAUCAGAUGACAGAGACACCCUUAGCGGAAAGCGUAAACCAAGUCACAGAAACAGAGGAAGAGAUAGUAACAGACCAUCCACAGAGACCGAGGGCCAGCAGCGUAGAUCGGGGGACAGAGACAGAGAGAGUGGACACUGUGGACAGUGUGACAGAGACAGUGGAAGCACAGAGGACAGACCAGCAGACUGAGACUGAGGUAGAAAGACGACAGGAUAACAAUCCAUCAAGAGGUGCAGAAGCAGAAAGUCAAGUGAGAGAAGUCAGUGAAAGAGUAGAAGAUGAAGGACCUGUGGUCAGUACAAGAGUGGAAGAUAAGGAAGCAAAUGAAAGAGAUAGUGGAGGCAGUGAAAGUGUGGGCGUGAAAGUGGUCACAGAAAGUUCAAUUACAGUUCUAGAACGCUCAGUUGAACAAACUUUAGUUUCAAAUAUUGUAAGUCAGGAUGAAGCCAGUACCAUUCCACUUGCUGCGGCAGAAGAAAUGACAGAGUCUAAGAAUGAAAUGGUUACGGCACAGAAUGACUCAGAAACAAACACAAUUGAACCCCUAAAGAGUGAAGUAACAGAAAUUGUUGAAACACAACAGAUUGCACUGGAGACUGUCGAGAAGAAACAAACAGCAGAAUGUGUGAUCGUGUGUGCAACAAUCAAAGAAACUGUGGUCCCUGACACGGUUGUAAUAGUAGAAGCAGAUAAUGCAGCUAUGAAGACAGUAGCUCCUGUACGACCCCAGAGAGGCCGAAAGCUCUCAGCAGAGCAGGCACAACCAUCACCUCCUCAACAUCAGGCUGUACCUGUGCGUCCUCGUAGAGGAUCCAGUGAAACUCCACUCCAGCAGACGCAGCCCCAGACAAACAUCGAGCCGCAGGUACAGGGUCCACCUCAGCUUGAGGCCCAAACCCCAACACGGCUCUCUGAACCACAGGUAAAACAUAAAGCCCCGUCUCCGUCUCAGGUUGAGGACCACAGCUUAGUAAAGAAGCCUCCUGCGGAGUCUAGUGAGAAACAAUCUGAAUCACAACCUCAGAUUAAGAAUCAGGGCCCGCCACUAGGCUCCGGUGAAGUCCAAACCCGUCCAAAAUCAAUUCGAGCACAGUCUAAAACAACUGCAACUCGACGGAACUCCAAAGAGCUUAAAGCUCCACAGAAAGGAUCCAGUGCAUCACAACCUCCUAGUCAUGGAGCAGGAGAAACCAAGACCCGCCCAACUCGCCAGGGGUCAUGUGAUGCCCAACCUCAGUCUCAGGGCUCUCGUAAAACCUCCAGUGAGACUCAACCCCCUCACAAAGAUGUCAGCGAGACACAAUCUCUGCGUAGAGGCUCCAGCGAAACAGCCCAGCGUCGUGAUUCAAGUGAAGCCCAGCCCUUACGUCGAGAUGCUGGCGAGGCCCAGCCUCCUCGCAGAGGCUCUGGUGAGUCACCAACAUCACCUGCGGCUUUGGGCCAAGUCGUAACCCGGUUAACAGGGCUUCUGGGCGAGCAGUGGGCACAGCUGGGGAGCAGCUCUGGAACUCAACAGACGGCCAGCCAGCAGGAAAGCCCCAGCACACAGAGACAGACGGCAGGGAAAAGAGCAGAGGUAGGGAAGGGAGCAUCAGCCAAGCCUGCAGGGAAGGCAGUCCCUGCAGCAACAACAGGGAAACCAGCAGGGAAGCCUGGUCCUUCCAAAAUGAGCUCUAUUCAAAGUCAACUGGUCAGCUCUCUCAGUGUCCUCUCUGCCUUCUACUCACCAGGCCAGAAAGCUGCUGCAGCGAACAAACAGCAAGAACAAGGUCUCAAAUCUAUUAUGAAGAAAAAUGGUGUUUCUGACAAGCAGGGCAACAAGGGAGCCAAGAAAAACCUGAAGUUUGUUGGGGUGAAUGGAGGCUAUGAAUCAACAUCGAGUGAAGAGUCCAGUGGAGAUGAGAAGUCAAAGGUGGAGGUGGAGGUGGAGGUGGAAGUGGAGGAGGAAGACAGCUCAGAACCAGAGGUAAAGAAAGAAAAGGAGACGGAGCCUCAGCCAGAAGAGAAGCCUGAAGACGGAGCAGAGACCGAGCAGAAGGAUGCAGAGGUUGCAGCUGAGGGAGGAGGUGCUGUGGCUGCAGAGAAGGAGGGUGAAAGAGGACUGCUGGAUCCAGAAAGCAGCCAGGAGGAAGAACAGGCUGACGGGGAGAAAGUUGACCAAGCGUUUGUAGAUGCCUGCCUCUAUGUAAAAGACCGCAUGGAAGAGGUUUCAUCCCCAGAUAAAGAAAUGCGUCAGGUUUUAGUGGUGCUCUACCAGGAGUGGUUCAAGAUCUCCAGUCAGAAAGACUCGCAGGCCGAUACCGUCAGAUUAUACCUGCGACAAGUGGGCUUGACCACACCCAGUCUCCUGCCGUACGUAGUUAACUUGACCGACGGCAACGGGAAUAUGGCGCUCCACUACAGUGUGUCACAUUCAAACUUCCCUGUGGUCAAACUGCUGCUGGAUACUGGUCUAUGUGAGACAAACAAUGUGAACAAGGCAGGCUACACUCCAGUGAUGCUCGCUGCACUGACGGCUGCUGAGAGCACUGAUGACCUGGAGGUGGCACAACAACUGUUGAGACUGGGCGACGUCAAUGCAUGCUCCAGACAGGCGGGCCAGACGGCACUAAUGCUUGCGGUGAGCCACGGCCGCGUUGCCAUGGUGAAACUGCUCCUAAGCUGCGGUACGGAUGUAAAUGCCCAGGACCGCGAGGGCUCCACGGCCCUGAUGUGUGCCAGCGAACAUGGACACACAAACAUUGUUCGUAUGCUGCUGGAGACGGGUCGCUGUGACACCAGCCUCAUAGAUAAGAAUGGACAGUCAGCACUGUUGGUGGCAGAGGGAGCCUCCCACCAAGAGAUAGUUGAUCUUCUGAAGACCAAUGCUGAGCGCCGAGCCUCUGAGCCCUCGUCUACCACAGACCUCCUCUGAGCCAGGCCGACACUGUUUACGUCUCCAAACCACUCCAGCUCGCCGACCCCCUACCCUUCAAUUUCCAAGACCCUCCGCCCACCAACAAAGACAGAAACAAGGUUGAAUUAAAGACAUGGUGACGCCAUACAAGACUCUGUAUGACCAGUGGAAAAAAAGUGGAUACGCUCUGUUUACUGUGGAAGGACACAUUUUAACUUCCAUAUCUCUGCCAACAUGCCCCGUGGCUGUUUAUGGAUAUACUGCAUUAACCACUCAGUGGACAGACAACAAACAUGGCCUGGUCGAAUUGAUGAUAAGACAUUGCCAUGGUAACAAGCGUGAUUGACAGAAUAUUAUGAAUAUAAAGAGGGAGCAGGGAUGGACGGACUGGCAAGAGAUACUCUGACGAACUGCUGCUUCUUAUCAUCAACUAGCUCUUCAAGCAAAAUACUAAGCACAUGAUCUACCUUUCAAAUAUAUUAAAUCUGACAUUAUUUCUAUUUUUUUCCGUCAUGACAUCGACAUCAUUCUUUUCAUAUUUGGACAUAAGCCAUUAUGAGAACAUAGUAUAUGUAGAAUGUUAUUCUAAACAGAUUAUAAUCAUGAACAAAUACAGAAACUGUAUUUUCUACUGUACUUUUUUAUUGUUAUUGUUUGUGUACAGUAUAUAGUCAUCUCUAUUAAUAUUGGUGUCCACAAGAAACUAUAUAUCUCUAAAAGUGUGAAUUAUGAAUACUGAAUAAUAGAGUAGAACUUCUGGUGAAAUUUCCCAUCAUUCAGUGGAUAUUUGACAAUAUUUAAUGUAUUGUUUUUUGCCAUAGUAAUGAUGUUUUGUUCACAUAUGUGACAUAGGUGAUCGUCAUCUGUGAAUUAUUGAAAUAGUUUUGAUGGAGAUAAAAUGUUCCUGUUGGACAUAAAAUAAAUAAUUUUUAUAACCUCAAUAUAACCAGAUUAAAGAAAGACAAACGUCUUCUAAUGAGAAGAUUGUACUGUUCAGAAGGUGCUGCAUGCCAAUACACAGUUACUCCCCCUACUGGCUGACGUAUAGUACUAAACAACAGUAUGUUGUAAUACUGUCUGUUCUCAUGACCGACAUCGCUCUCCUUCUUAGUCCCUCAGUUCAAAUAUAAUGUAUGUCUUGUUCGCCUGCUCGUUUCAAAUCAAAUCCUGUAUGCAACUGCUACAAAAUGCACAAUGAAUGUCAGGCUGGCUGUGAUACAUUCCAAGAAAACAAUGUAGCAAGUCUAACUAUACUGGCAUGGAUCACGGGACUAACAGAGACAUAGGCUGUCAGUGGAUAUUACAGACAUAGGAAUGAAUAUUUUUUACAAUGCGUGACUAAAGACACUUAAUCUCUUAGAAAAUCUUGAUUACAAAGAUCUGCCUGUCUUCAAGUUACUAACACUGAUUCACUUUGUUCCUGCCUCAUAUUUCAAAAUGGUAACAAUGUUAAAACCUAAAGCAAUGGGUUGUUUAUGGCUUGCAGUCCUAAAAGCAAUAUCAAUAAAAUAUUACCUUGUCAAUCAGAAACUAUAGGGGGAGUGACUUUGGUCUAGCCUUAAUCAAAUGACCAAUCUACAUUUUAGAGAUGAGAUGUGUUCCAGAAAUGUUUUUCUUUUUCUUCUGUUCUCCAAAACCCUACACCCAUAUUCCUAAAGUAUCUUAAAACGGCAGAACUGGUCUGAGAAAAUGUUUACAACUUAACAGGUCCCCUUCAGUGACCCCUGCAGAAAACCCCAAAAUGUCCAGCAGGUCAGAACAUUUUAAGGAUUUUUUUUCUUUUUUUCUUACCUAAACAGGCAUCUGGAGGAGUGAUGUCACACUUGUGGAGAGGGACAUAAACAUACUUCAUUGUGUUUUGAGAGUCUAAACUCUUAACCCUCGAUGGUCAAAAUGGAACCAGCAGAGGCCGAGAUGUCCUGACUUUAAGUCCCCAGUAUAAGUAUGAGUAAUGCUCCAUAAACAUUGGCUAAUCCACCAAUUCCCAUAAUGCAACCAGUAGUAUUGUUUUGGUUGACUCUUCCUGUCUGGUAAAUGCCCACGUCUUUUAAACUCCAUACCCCAAGCUUGUAACACAAGCUUUGUCUCUAAGACAAGACGGUGCCUUUGUCUGAGUUACUUUGUCUGAUUUCAGAAAGUCAUCAGACAACUGUUUUCUGUGUGACUGGGUUUUGCUGGGGUUACUUAAGGUGGAAUUUAAAAAGGGAAAUACCACUCAUUUUACCAACUGCCAAAUGGUCUAUGACGGUCCAGUCUGCAUUUACAGUCAGAAAAUAAAUCACUUUCUACAGAGGCAAGAUUGAAACAAACAAACCUUACAAAGUUGUACACUCUUACAAAUGUAUUACUUUUAGAAAGAUAGAUUCCAAAUGUAUUGGUUUGCUUCAGUCAUAAUACAUUUAUAUUGCCAUGUAUACGGUAUGUAGGGCUGACUUCUAAACUGAAUUGAACAACUUUCCUGCAGUGUGAUCUAACCACUGAUGCUGCACAGUGCUCUCCCAAUCCCAGACACUUUAUCAAUAUGGGUGCUAUUAUGGAUUAUAAAGAUAAAUACUAUACAGAUGAAGAUAGACCUCUUAUAUAAAGUAUAUUGAUUACAUAGUAGUAUAAACAACGGCUACAUUUACUCAGCAACAUUGGGAUUUUUUUUCAACAGUGUUUUAGUAAUCAAGCAAUUACACAGGAUGAGAAAGAAUUUAUUUUAACUCAGUGCAGCACAUUAAGGGACGGAAAUUAGAGUCUGUGUAGCUUCCCUCAUGUCAGACAAGUAAAGGAUGAUCCGACCUGUGCUUUGUGAAUUAUCUGGUAUAUCUUGUCUUCCGUCUUCUUAAGUCUUAAAGUAAAUCACUUCGUCCAUAUGUUUAAUCCAGUGUGACCCAGAUGUCAUUUGGUUUCAUAACUGGCUCAACACCAAAGAAGUGAAAUCAAAUCUGUUUCACAUGGGGUUAAAUAUAUAGUUUUACCUGUUCCUUUAAAUCUACCCAAAUACAUGUACAUACAGUAUUGUGAAAAAUAUAUAACAAGUAUUGUCUGAGUUUGCUCUAAAAGUUAUAUAAGUAUUUAUUCCAAAUGCUAUAUUUUUUACCAUAUAUAUAGUAUACUUAUGUAUGCAUGGAAAAAUAUUCCAGUAAUUCUGUUGGAGGGGAAUUUGAAAGAUUUGAAGUGUUCCCUGAUAAUGUGAUUAUUCAGCUUAUCUUUGACUGGUUGGGUGGUAUAGUACAUGUGUGAUGUUGGCAAAGGUUGUGGACUGUGUCAUGUUCCCAUUAAUGCUACCUUUAACAUUUUUGGGAAAAGUAUGAAGCAGAUUCAACACUGGCUAAAGCUAUACGAGCAAAGUCUCCCUUGUUUGGGUACCCAUCGGAAAAUCGAAGUCUAUGUACAUGACAGAGUCAAACAUAAAACCUGUACCUCUCUGUAAUAUUCCUUGAACAGCGGGCUUAUAUGUUGCAAAUCAGAGAACUACUUCUAAAUAAAUAAAUAUGAAGAUUUAAAACUUA